AUGAGUGCCACCACCACUUCCGCGUCGGAGACCAGCACUCCAACAUGUCUCCCUAUCCCCCCGAAAGAGAACGGCUAUGUGCCGCCCGGAGGAUGUGGCAAUAUCCACAUGUACGAGGCUAGCUUCGCGGCGCCGGUCUUGUUUUCAGUGUUGUUCGGCCUUACGACGAUCAUCCAUAUUGUUCAGGCAAUCAUGUUUAAGAAGCGCUACGCCUGGGUCGUAAUCAUGGGCUCACUGUGGGAACUUAUCGCCUUCAUAAUGCGGUCUCUUUUCGCGAAAAACCAAAGCAGCGACGCCUACAAUACUCCCUUCACCAUUUUCUUCCUCCUUGCACCAAUCUGGGUCAACGCCUUCCUCUACAUGACCCUCGGCCGCCUCAUCUACUUCUUCCUCCCCAGCGGCCGCCUCGGCGGCAUCGGCGCAAAACGCUUCGGACACAUCUUCGUCUGGCUAGAGAUCCUGGCCUUCAUCAUCCAGCUUGUUGGUGCGGCAUUUACGACAGACACAGAGGCGUCGCAGGAGACGAUCAUGCGCGGAGUUCAUAUCUACAUGGGAGGCAUUGGCGUGCAGGAACUUUUUAUCUUGAUCUUCACGGGGCUGUUCAUUCACCUGCAGCGGAAGAUGGGCGAAAUGGAGCGACAGGGAAAUCUGGAUGCCGAGAAGAUUGGUAGGGGGUCGAUCCCGUGGCGAUGGCUGUUUUACGCGAUCUAUGCCUCGCUGUUCCUUAUCACUGUGCGUAUCAUUUUCCGGUUGGCGCAGUAUGCGGACGGUACGAAUAUCGACAACCCGGCACUGCGGAACGAGUGGUUCGAGUAUGUAUGGGAUGCGGCGCCGAUCUUUAUUUGUUUGGCUAUAUUGAACGUUGCGCAUCCGGGGAGGGUGUUGGUGGGCCCCGAUAGCGAGUUCCCGAGGGUGAGUCGGAAGGAGAAAAAGCAACGGAAGAGGGAGAAGAAGGAGGCCAAGAUAGCAGAGAAGGAAGCGAAGAAGGAUAGGAAGAGGAGGAGAAAGCAUGGGAACAUUGGAGUUGAUCUGCUGGAUGCGCAGGAGAGGGGGUCCGCUCCGGGGACGGCUCCUGGUGGGUAUGGAUAUCAGAGAGAGAACCAGAGGACGUGGUAUGACAAUCAAGGGAAUGAGGUGAGGCCGUGA